AAAUGACAUAACCCAACAUAACCUAUGAUUAUAAAAGUUAUAAAAACAAAGUUAAUCACAAAGUUAAUUUAAUAUUAUAAUAAGUUAGACGAGGUAUCUAUUUUCUUUUAUAGAAAUAAUCAUAAAAUUUGGAAAAUGCAGCCUCAUUUAGACAAUUUGCUUAUCCCAGCUUUUCUGACUAAAUUAUGGAAAAUGGUUAAUGAUUCAAAUACUGAUUCGUUAAUUUGUUGGAACAGAGCGGGAAAUGGUUUUAAGAUCCAAAAUAAAACCCAGUUUUGGUAUGAGUUACUACCUUUGUACUAUAGACAUAACAAUAUGAGCAGUUUUAUUCGACAACUUAAUAUGUGUAUGUAACCUUCUUAAAAGAAUCAUGAGCAGUGAAACCAGGUUGAACUUUGGUUUUAAUUUCGUUUCUUUUUGGGUUAAUUCAGAUGGCUUCCAUAAAGUAUGUACUGUUGAAAGUGGCUGCGCUGAUGUGGACAAAGAAGAAAUGGAGUUUUGCCAUACAUUUUUUCAACGGGAGCACCCAGAAGAUCUAAAAAAUAUUAAACGAAAAGGAACCAUAACUAAAUUUGAUGAAGGCCAAGAUGUAUUUAAGUAUAAUGAUUUAUCUAGGGUUUUAACAGAUGUAAAGCAUCUUAGAGGUCUGCAAUCUGGUAUUGUUUCACAGUUGUCUGCAAUGAAACAAGAGAAUACUAUGCUAUGGAAAGAAUUGGCUUUACUUAGACAUAAAGAUAUGAAGCAGCAACAAAUUGUUGACAAGGUCAUUCAAUUCUUAGUUACGUUAAUACAACCAAAUCAUAACAGUAGAAUGGGACGUGGAGGUAAAAGAAUCCCUUUGGUACUACAAGACAGUCCCAACAAGAGACUGAAAAUUCAGCAAAGUAUUGAUUGCCAACCUAGUAUUAGAAGUUCUCCAAUUGAAGAGUUUGAGAAUUAUUUUCAUAACAGAAAUGAUUUUCUUGUUCCAGAGGAUGAUGUAGGUCAAACAUUUUUAAACAACAUUGAAUCUUCCGUCACAAGUAAUAAUGGCGCAGAUAAUACAUCAGAUUAUGGAGAGUCAUCUGACUUCUCAGGACUUGUAGGAAGUUUAGAUAAAUUCAACAUCCCAUGUAAAAGUACAGUUAAAGAUGCAAGUAAUACCUACAAUCUGGAGUCUAACCAGGCAGACAUGCAAGUAACAACCAACAAUCAAAUUAAAUUAAAUUCAAGGGAUAAUCUCUUUCAUUUAGAUGAGACAGAAAGUGAGUUGGAACAACUAAAAAAUAUUCUGAAUAGUUAUAAUACUUCUGAUGACAAUCCUUUAUUAAAUCUUUUAAAAGAUGAACAUUUAGAGUAAUGUAUAAACAUACAAUUCACAAUAUUCAGACAAGAGAGCUGAUAAGGUAUUAACAAACAGUAAUGAGCGACAGCAUAGACAUACAGGAGGGAAAUUAUUUUGUCAAGUGGCCUUGGAGAUAAUGUUAUUUCUACUUAAAAGUGAGGAGUAUUUUUAUUUGAAUGCUUAGUGACAUCUAAAAUUAGGUUUAUCAAACUCACCCUUAUUAUAUUUUUGAUAUAACCAUUUACCUUUCAUUUUUUUUGUGAACAUCAUUUUGAAAAUAAAGUGAACAAU